AUCAUGCAGGCUAAUAAACUGCCCACUAAUCCACGCGAAUCUGCGGGGAUUUGUUCCUCGCUUAUGUUUUGCUUCGCGCUUCCCAUACUUUUUAAGGGAAGAAAAAAGACCUUAGAGCCCACUGAUCUUUACAAGGCUCUAAAUGGACAUAAAGCGGAAACUCUGGGGAAUAAAUUCUUCGAAACCUGGCAGAAAGAAGUUGAGUCCUGUCGGGAUAAACCGAAAAAGGAACCGAGUAUAAUCAAGGUAAUACUAAGAGUAUUUGGAUUCAAACUAUUUCUAUCCGGCAUAAUUAUUGGAAUUCUGGAAUUGGGAACAAGAGCUACUUUACCUCUCAUUUUGGGAGCACUGAUAUCGGAAUUUACAACCCAUAAAAAUGGAGAUGGGCUCCAGGCUCAAAUUUAUGGAUUAUUACUGAUUAUAACUACUCUUUUAUCAGUUCUUAUGUUCCAUCCCUUUAUGAUGGGUAUGAUGCACCUGGCGAUGAAAAUGAGAGUGGCAGUGAGUACGGCUAUAUAUCGAAAGGCCCUCCGAUUAAGUCGCACUGCCUUGGGAGAUACAACCACGGGUCAGGUGGUUAACCUUUUGUCCAACGAUCUUGGUCGCUUCGAUCGAGCUUUGAUACACUUUCACUUUCUGUGGCUGGGACCACUGGAGUUGCUCAUAGCCUCGUACUUCCUAUACCAACAAAUAGGAAUCGCUUCGCUUUACGGAAUCGCUAUAUUACUUCUAUAUCUGCCAGUUCAAACCGUUUUGAGCCGACUUACAUCAAAGCUACGACUUCAAACCGCCCUAAGAACCGAUCAAAGGGUUAGAAUGAUGAAUGAGAUUAUAUCAGGAAUUCAGGUGAUCAAAAUGUACACCUGGGAAAAGCCAUUUGGAAGGCUAAUCGAGAAAUUGCGACGCAGUGAAAUGAGCUCCAUUCGCAAGGUGAACUAUAUUAGAGGUACUCUUUUAUCCUUUGAGAUUACUUUAAGCAGAAUUGCUAUAUUUGUAAGCCUUUUAGGCUUCGUCCUGAUGGGUGGACAACUGACUGCCGAAAGGGCUUUCUCCGUAACCGCUUUCUACAAUGUCCUGCGGCGAACAGUGAGCAAAUUCUUCCCGAGUGGAAUGUCACAGUUUGCGGAAUUGUUGGUUACUUUGAGGAGAAUCAAAAAAUUUAUGAUGAGAGACGAAACUGCAGUGCGAAGUGGACCUAAAAUGAGCCUUUUUAAAGAGGAACCACUGGUGGAAUUGCAAUCCUUUCAAGCUCGGUGGAAUCAAGAGCACGUGGAUCCUGUUUUGGAUAAUAUAAAUUUAAGUCUAAAACCACCACAAUUGGUGGCUGUUAUUGGACCUGUGGGUUCUGGAAAAUCCAGCCUGAUACAAGCUAUAUUAGGUGAACUUCCUGCUGAAUCCGGAAAGUUAAAGGUGCAGGGAAAAAUCUCGUAUGCCUCUCAGGAACCCUGGCUCUUCAAUGCCUCCGUUAGGGAUAAUAUCCUCUUUGGAUUACCCAUGGAUAAGCAGCGAUAUCGCAAAGUUGUGAAAAAAUGUGCCUUGGAAAGGGAUUUCGAACUGCUCCAAGGAGAUCGCACUUUUGUUGGUGAAAGAGGAGCUUCUUUGUCUGGAGGUCAAAGAGCUAGGAUCAGCUUGGCCAGAGCUGUUUAUCGCCAAGCGGAUACGUAUCUCCUCGAUGAUCCUUUGAGCGCCGUGGAUACUCACGUAGGUCGUCAUUUGUUUGAGGAGUGCAUGCGCGGCUUCCUCAGAGAUAAACUUGUUAUCCUGGUGACCCAUCAACUGCAAUUUCUGGAGCAUGCCGAUCUUAUAGUGAUCAUGGAUAAAGGAAAGAUAACUGCUAUUGGAACCUACGAGGAGAUGCUCAAGAGUGGUCAGGAUUUCGCCAAACUGUUGGCUAAAGAGACCCAAGAAAAGGAAGAAUCCGAUCAGGAACAGGAUAAUGCAGCUGGCGAUGCCAAGAUGGAUAAAUCGAAUUACUCCCGUCAAAGCAGUCGGUUGAGUAGACUCAGUGUGAGUUCAAUGGACUCUGGCACGGAUUCUGUGCUGGAAGAUGACAGACAACCCGUUCAGGAAUCGCGCUCCAAGGGAAGAAUUGGGUUGGGAAUGUAUGGAAAAUACUUUUCAGCCGGUUCUGGAUGGUUCCUGGUUAUCCUGGUUGCUUUCUUCUGCCUAGGAACUCAAAUUUUGGCUUCUGGAGGAGAUUACUUUCUUUCUUACUGGGUGAGAAACAAUGACUCCUCUUCAUCGGUGGACAUUUACAUCUUCAGUGGAAUCAAUCUGGCUUUAGUGAUAUUUGCCCUGCUGCGAACUCUGCUCUUUUUCAGCAUGGCAAUGCACUCCUCCACCCAAUUGCAUAAUACCAUGUUCCAGGGAGUUUCCCGCACCGCUCUGUACUUUUUCCAUGCGAAUCCCUCGGGAAGGAUCCUCAAUCGAUUCGCCAUGGAUCUGGGACAAGUGGAUGAAAUCCUGCCCGCCGUAAUGCUGGAUUGCAUUCAGAUAUUCCUGACAAUCAGUGGAAUUAUUGGGGUUUUGUGCAUCACAAAUCCCUGGUAUUUGGUCAACACAAUGACCAUGUUCCUGGCUUUCCAUUUCCUUCGGAAAUUCUAUCUGAGUACUUCGAGGGACGUGAAAAGAUUGGAGGCUGUGGCCAGAUCGCCGAUGUACUCGCAUUUCAGUGCCACCUUAAAUGGUCUUCCUACUAUUAGAGCAAUGGGUGCCCAGGAUUUGCUGACCAAGGAGUACGAUAACUACCAGGAUCUCCACAGUUCAGGAUAUUAUACCUUCCUCUCCACCAAUCGCGCCUUUGGUUACUAUCUGGAUCUGUUCUGCGUGGCCUAUGUUAUAUCUGUAACUCUGAUGAGCUACUUCAAUCCCCCGUUGGAUAAUCCUGGACAAAUCGGUUUGGCCAUAACCCAAGCUAUGUCAAUGACUGGCACUGUGCAGUGGGGCAUGCGGCAAUCUGCCGAGUUGGAGAACUCCAUGACCUCCGUGGAAAGAGUACUGGAAUACAAAAAUCUGGAAUCAGAGGGAGAAUUUGAUUCUCCAGCAGAUAAGAAGCCACCAAAGAAUUGGCCUCAGAAUGGUCAGAUUUUAGCGGAUGAUCUAAGUCUCAGAUACAAUCCGGAUCCCAAAACGGAUAAUGUUUUGAAAACACUGAAUUUCGUUAUUGAACCACGUGAGAAAAUUGGAAUUGUGGGAAGAACGGGUGCGGGAAAGUCCUCUCUUAUAAAUGCGCUAUUCAGAUUGUCCUACAACGAUGGAUCCAUGCUAAUGGAUAAUCGAGAUAUAGCCGAAAUUGGUCUGCACGAUCUGCGUAGCAAGAUAUCCAUAAUACCACAAGAACCAGUGCUAUUUUCUGGCACUAUGCGUUAUAAUUUGGAUCCCUUCGAGCAGUAUCCUGAUGACAAAUUGUGGGAAGCCCUGGAAGAGGUUCAUCUCAAGGAAGAGGUUUCCGAGUUGCCGAAGGGACUUGAAAGUAUGAUCGCGGAAGGAGGUGCCAACUACAGUGUGGGUCAAAGGCAGUUGGUCUGCUUGGCCAGAGCAAUUCUUCGGGAGAAUCGCAUCCUGGUAAUGGACGAGGCCACGGCAAAUGUAGAUCCGCAAACCGACGCCCUUAUACAGUCAACUAUUCGCAAGAAGUUCAAGGAUUGCACCGUGCUGACUAUUGCCCAUAGACUAAAUACAAUUAUUGAUUCGGAUAAAGUCAUGGUUUUGGAUGCCGGCAAUCUGGUGGAGUUUGGUUCACCCUAUGAACUUUUGACCCAAUCGCGGAGCAGAAUAUUUUAUUCCAUGGUAUUGCAAACAGGUCGAUCCAGUUUUGACCACCUAAUGAAAGUGGCUCAUCAGGCCCACGAAAGUAAAUUGCUAUCGGAAUAAUUUCAAUAAAAUUGUAAAAAUAUUAACCAAACUUCUACGACUUAAAAAGACCCAAUUUAUAAGCACUUAAAAAAAAAACAAGCAAACUGUUGUAAAAAAUUAUAUAAAAAUUAAAAACAAUGG